GAAUUCCCCAGCGACAUCUUUACAAAUGAGGACAGAAGACAUGGAGCUGUAGUCCUGCAUGUCUUCUGUGCCAUGUAUAUGUUCUACGCUUUGGCAAUUGUCUGUGAUGAUUUCUUUGUCCCUUCAUUGGAAAAGAUUAGUGAACGCCUGCAGCUUAGUGAAGACGUGGCUGGGGCAACUUUCAUGGCAGCUGGAAGCUCCGCUCCUGAGUUGUUUACAUCUGUUAUAGGUGUUUUUAUCACAAAAGGAGAUGUAGGAGUCGGAACCAUUGUUGGCUCUGCCGUAUUCAACAUUCUCUGUAUAAUCGGUGUGUGUGGCCUUUUCGCAGGACAGGUGGUUGCACUGUCAUCGUGGAGUCUGCUGCGAGAUUCAACCUAUUACACACUGUCUGUUGUUGCACUCAUUGUGUUUAUUUAUGAUGAAAUCGUUUCUUGGUGGGAGUCCCUCGUCCUAGUGUUGAUGUACUUCAUUUACAUCCUGAUCAUGAAGUUUAAUUCCUCCAUACAUCACUGCUUUGAAAGGAAGACAAAAAAUGCUGCAAAUAUGGUGAACGGAUUAGCAAAUAACACAGAAAUGGACGAUAACAGCAAUUGUGACGCCACCGUGGUAUUACUAAAGAAAGGGAAUUUCCGUCGUAAAGCCUCGGUGAUCAUGGUGGACGAGCUGCUGUCUGCCUACCCACACCAGCUUUCCUUCUCUGAGGCUGGGCUCCGGAUAAUGAUCACCAGCCACUUCCCUCCCAAAACCCGUCUCUCCAUGGCCAGUCGCAUGUUGAUCAACGAGAGGCAAAGGCUGAUAAACAGCAGAGCCUACACCAAUGGGGAAUCGGAAGUGGCUAUCAAAAUUCCUAUCAAGCACGCCCUGGAGAACGGGACAGGCCCCAGCAACUCCACUGAAAGGGGCGUGAAUGGGACCCGAAGAGACGAGGACAUGGCUGAGGCUGGAAAUGAGACCGAGAAUGAGGACAAUGAGAACAACGAGAAUGAUGAGGAAGAGGAGGAAGAGGAGGAUGAUAAUGAUGGACCUUACACUCCUUUUGACCUACCCUCUGGCAAAAUGGAAAUCCUGAAGUGGCUGUUCACCUGGCCACUGAGCUUCCUUCUGCACUUCACGGUGCCCAACUGCAACAAGCCCUACUGGGAAAAAUGGUUCAUGGUCACCUUUGCUUCCUCUACCCUCUGGAUUGCAGCCUUAUCCUACGUGAUGGUGUGGAUGGUUACGAUCAUUGGCUACACAUUGGGUAUUCCAGAUGUGAUCAUGGGUAUCACAUUCCUGGCAGCUGGAACCAGCGUACCGGACUGCAUGGCUAGCCUUAUAGUAGCAAGACAAGGCAUGGGGGAUAUGGCUGUGUCGAACUCCAUUGGAAGUAAUGUUUUUGACAUUUUAAUUGGCCUGGGUCUCCCAUGGGCUCUGCAGACUCUAGCAGUGGAUUAUGGUUCAUAUAUCCAGUUAAACAGCCGAGGACUUAUCUAUUCCGUUGGCUUGCUGCUGGCAUCAGUUUUUGUCACCGUACUUGGUGUCCACAUGAACAAAUGGAAGCUGGAUAAGAAGCUGGGAAUUGUGUGCCUUUUCCUGUACGGCAUCUUCUUAUGUUUCUCCAUCAUGACAGAAUUCAAUGUUUUCACUUUUGUGAACUUGCCGAUGUGCAGAGAUCACUGA